CUCCUCACAACACACAACAAAUAAAGGGGCGGAUACGCAAAUGCACACAUCAAUUCCAUUCAUCCAUUCAUCGGUCUCUCUCCCUCUGACUCGCAUUGCAUUCAUUGAUGGAUGGAUGGAGUCAUACACGUGACGUCAGCAAAGACUGUACACACCACGCCAGCCACGCAUAGAGAGAGAAAGGAGGCAAUCCAUCCGUCCAUCCAUCCAUCAGAUACAGCAGUGCACCAGAGUAGUCAGUCAGCCUCAUCCCGGCUGCUGUGGGAGGGACGGUGUCUGCAGGGCCCUAAUGGCUGCCUGGGCCUGCCCCUGGUUGGGCGCGGGGAGGCUGGACUUUCUGCCGUACUUGUGGUACCUCGACAGCCGAGCCAGGAUGUUGUAGUGCCGUUUGUCCCGCUCGUAUGACUGCCGGUAGGUCUCCUUGAGUGGCCCCUUGUAGCGCUUCUCAUCCAAAUACUCUGGGGUGGGCAACACACACACACACACAGCCGGAUGAUGACACGUGUGUGACCAUCUGACUGGCGUGGGAGUCUGUGUGAGUUACGGACGUUGGUAAAGGUUUCUGUGUUUGUCGUCGAGUUGUGGCUCGGGGACCGGUGGCGGCAUGGCGCACCCCGACAGCUUAGAGAUCCGCACACACUCGCCAGUCAUCGUGUAACGCCGCUUCACGCGGGUCGGCUUCCUAACACACACAGACAGAGAGGAGAGGAGGCUGGACGGCCCACUGGCAGCACGUGUGUGUGUGUGUCCGGCUGACUUGAUGACGGGGUCGAGUAUGGCGACGUUUGUGAUGUGUAUGGGCAGCUCCACCGACAGCAUCGACGGCUCGCCGGGCAGCGGACGAGGAUUAAAGAAAUUCCGCUUCUGCAGUGCACACACACAGAUGACCAAACGACUGACUGACGCUGUGUGUGUUGGUCUGGCUUAGCUGAGCUGAGCUGCCCCGGGAGCUGACCAUGUUGCAGCCGUCGACGAUGCAGGUGUUUUUGUCUUUGUCAAUGGACAGCACCACGCCCCUCUUGCCCUGGUCCCGACCAUGCAACACCUGAACCUGAUGAGCCAUGGCAGCAAGAAAGAAACCGAGGACAGACACAUACAAUGGUCGCCAUCCCGCCCUCUUGGUGUGUGUGUGUGUGUGUGUGUGUGUGCGGCUGCCAGACUGACCAGGUCGCCCACUUGGAUGUUGAGGUAGUAGGAGAGGUCGAUUUUCUUGACGGGACAGUACUCUUUGAGCGGUUUGGGAAUGGAGCGCUCUCGGCUGGUCUGCAGGAAGGUCGGCACCCACGGCGGCGCCACGCGCCGCUGCAGCGCCUUGGCCGCCAUACGAGCCUUGAUGUAACGAGUCAUCAAACAGAUAUCAACCAGGAGAAGGGAUCAACACUCAGAAGCCAAGAUCUGCAAAGGCAGGACGCUGCAGCGGCUCACAGAAAGGCAAUGAUUGAGUUCGCACAUUAGCUAAGCUCGCAGAUCCCGGAUGAUUGAGUUCGCACAUUAGCUAAGCUCGCAGAUC